AUGCACGAGUGCCAGAGCACCAGCACAACCAUCUGGGUGCUUGUGAGCAGGGCAGUGCGCCAGUGGAGCAUCCUGGAGCGGUUGCAGAGCCAAGAACCCUGCUCCCAGGGACAGGCAGGGCUCUGGUUCUCCCAGCUGCCCCUCGCUCUGCCUUACCUGCGCAGCAGGGCCAUCGUCCACCGGUGGGUGAGCAUGGUGGGGGCACAGGGUCCCCGCCCUGGCAGCUGGGGACAGAUCUCCAUCUCCAUCUUCUCCAGGAGGGUGGCCCUGCAGGAUGCCAGUGGGGAGUCCCUCGGGGCCUCCCAACAUGUGGGGCUGCCCGCCAAGGCAGUGCUGAGCCAAACCUUCUGCUGUUCCUAUGUUUACGCCUGGGCCGAGAUCCUGCAGGCGCAGCCCUACAACCCCUUCCUGGCAGACAUCUGGAGCGCCAGAGUCAUCCUCUAUGCUCUGCUCCUGGGCUGGAUGCCUUUUGAUGUGCCAGACCCAGCGGCCCCCUGUCUUCCCCCAAAGGCAGCCCCCAAAGCCAUCAUUCCCCUCGCCCGCGCCUCCGAGUCCCCGCCUCCGGCCGCCAACAAAAUGGCGGCCGGCGCUUUUGCCCGCACUAAAGAUGGCGCCGCGCUCCCGCCGAAGUGCUGGCAAGCACCGCCUUUCCUCGCUGAGGGGAGCGCCGGUGGGCGGGGCUUGGCGGGGCGGGGCGUGGUGCGGCGCUGA